GCCCAAGAUAAGAGGUGUAGAGGAUUCUCUAUCAAUUCUACUUCCAAACAAAAGAUAUGAGCUGAGAAGAGCAGAGAUGAAAUAAAACUGUAAAAACGGCCAAACCAUCCUCUGCUCUCUGAGUUGAGAAGUGAGAGCUGACUAUCUAUAAUCCAUGGCUGCUACUCUCUUUCUCUCUGCUCUUCUUCCUCCAUCAUCAAACACCCACCAUUUCCCUCACAUCUCUAACCCAAUUUCAAACCUCUACAUUCCCACUUCACUCUCCCUCCUCUACCCCAAUUCUUUUAGAAGCCGUAAAUCAACCCCUCCCUCCAAUUCCCUCAAAUCCCUCCCAUCCACCUCCACCCUCUACACCAUUCAAUCCCCAAACCCAGAUUAUUUGUUAUCAGCAGAGCCAAUUUUACGCUCCGAUGCGGUAAUUAAGAUGCCCACAGCUCCGUGGAUGAAGGGUCCUCUUCUUCUUCAUCCUAAUCAAGUCUUGGACCUCUCUAAACCAAGAAAGAAGAAGAACAACUUGACCAACAACGAAGAAGAAAAUCCCGACCCGUCAUUGAUUGACAGAGUUAGCGGUGGAAGAAGGAAGAAGGCAAUGAAGAAGAUUUUCGAAGGCGUCGGGAAACUUCAAGAAACCCUUGGUUCGGAAGAGACCCAGAAAAACCCAGAAGAAAUUGGAUUUGAUUUUUCGUUAGGAGAAUUGGGGGAAGAUGGGAAUCCAAAGUUGGGGGAGAAAAUGCCGUGGGAAAGCAAUGAGAGGGUCGUGUUUAGGAGAACCAAGAAAGAGAAGGUGGUGACUGCUGCUGACGUGAGUCUUGAUGGGGAGUUGCUUGGGAGAUUGAGGGGUGAGGCUGCAAGGAUGAGGAAGUGGGUCAAGGUUAUGAAAGCUGGGGUGACUCACACUGUUAUUGAUCAGAUUCAUCAGAUUUGGAAGGACAAUGAACUUGCCAUGGUGAAAUUCGAUUUGCCACUGUGUCGGAAUAUGGAUAGGGCUCAAGAAAUUGUUGAGAUCAAGACUGGAGGCUUAGUUGUAUGGUGCAAGAAAGAUGCACUUGUUGUUUAUAGAGGAUGUAAUUAUCAGUUCAGAUUGAGAUCUUUUUCAAAGAUGCAUUCAGGUUUUGCUAGAGGUCAAACAACUUCUUCCUUGAAUAUCAGAAAUCAUCAAAUAAAACUCAACAUGACUCUUUCUCAAGUAGAAUCAGAUGAAAGUACUGGGGAAGAAAUGAAAAGCAGAAAUGAUGGUGAAAUGGCAAAUAUACCGAUAAAUGGUUCUUUGUACGAAAGGGAAGCUGAUAGAUUAUUGGAUGGCUUGGGACCCCGCUUCAUUGAUUGGUGGAGGCCAAAGCCUUUGCCUGUAGAUGCAGACUUGCUUCCAGAAGUGGUUCCUAGAUUCAAGCCUCCAUUUAGGCUUUGCCCACCUCAUGCUAGAGCAAAGCUGACCGAUGAUGAACUGACAUACUUGAGGAAGCUUGCUCGGCCGUUACCGUUUCAUUUCGUACUUGGUAGAAACAGAAAACUUCAGGGCUUGGCUGCUGCUAUUUUAAAACUGUGGGAAAAAUGUCAUACAGUGAAGAUUGCUGUGAAGUUUGGAAUUCCAAAUACUAAUAAUGCACAAAUGGCAUAUGAGCUCAAGUGUCUUACAGGUGGAGUUCUGUUGUUGCGUAACAAGUUCAUUAUAAUACUUUAUAGAGGCAAGGACUUUCUUACUGACGGAGUUGCAAACCAAGUGGCGGAGAGAGAAAUGGAGCUUUCAAAAUGUCAAAUUCAGGAAGAAGUUGCACGCUUAAAAGCAAUUGAAACUUUUCACAUGACCGAUGAAUCACAUGUAAACACUAGCACAAGUGGAAGUUUAUCAGAAUUCAAGAUUAUUCAAUCAGAAUGUGCAAACCUGAAAAAUAGAUAUGGGGAGGUUGACGUUCAACUACAGGCUGAAAAAGAAAUACUAAAGAAGCAACUGAGAAAUCAAGAACGAAAGCUUUUUAUUCUUAAAGUGAAGAUACGGAAGUCAACAAUGGAGUUAUCAAAACUAAAUUCUGCAUGGAGGCCUUCUGAGCAGGAUGCAGACCAGGAAAUGUUAACACAAGAGGAGAGAGAAUGCUUUAGGAAAAUGGGAUUGAAGAUGGACAGCAAUUUAGUUCUGGGAAGGCGUGGGGUGUUUGAUGGUGUAAUAGAAGGUUUGCAUCAGCACUGGAAGCACAGAGAAAUUGCCAAGGUGAUUACAAUGCAGAGAUUAUAUUCGCAGGUCCUUUAUACUGCAAAACAUCUUGAAGUAGAAAGUGGUGGAAUACUAGUUUCAGUAGACAAGCUGAAAGAAGGCCAUGCUAUUAUUAUUUACCGAGGGAAAAACUAUAGACGGCCUUUAAAUUUGGUGCCUCCAAAUCUUCUGAGCAAAAGAGAAGCACUACACAGGUCUCUCGAAAUGCAGAGGAUUGGAUCAUUGAAGUUUUUUGCAUAUAAGAGACAGCAGGAAAUCUGUGACUUGAAAUGUAAGCUGGCAGAUUUAGAAAAGAGAUGGGAAAUUGAUAAAAGAGAAUCUGACAAGGUCACAUGGAAUGGACUCAAAGAACCAACUUGCCAUGGAAUCUCUUGAAUUUGUCUCUUUCUAGAGAGGAAACAACACAGAUAUGAUAAAUCCAUAUCUAAAUAUUGUGGUUUGAUAAAUCCAUUUGAAAUGUUUACCUUUUACAAUUUCAAUAUCUUUUUAACUUUUUCAUAAACCAUGGGUCCCCAAACGAAAGACAUUACUGUAUAAUACAAAGUUCUCUAUCUGAAUUGGCAACUGCCUCCUCUCUUUCUCUCUUCAUCUCAUUAUUCAUUACAAAAUUCAAUGGGUAAAUUCUACUUUGCACCCCUACACUUUAUACAAAAUCUCACUUUGGUCUCUACACAUCAAAUUGUGACACUUAACCCCCCUGCACUUUUGGUCAAGUGUCACAUUGUCCUUCUAUUACUCCACUGUUUGACUGUUUAACAGAAGUUAGUCACAUGAUAUGCAUGUGAUCACUAAAUUGGGGAAGGGGGAAAUUGACCAUAUGUCCCGGCAAUACACCAUGUGAUUGUUCCAAAAUUUAUAUCAAUUUAGGGCUUAAACCAAAAUUCAGAUGGUGAACUGUUAGGGUUUUGCAAAAAGUGAGUCACGAGUUGAAGAGAAUGGAAGACAGAGGUGCGCAUUCAUUAGGUAAAGCAUAACCUGGCAAUAUUUUAUAACAAUUGAUUGUGGUUUGUUUGUGUGUGUGGGUUUUUACAAUAAUUUCUUGAUUUAUCAUUUUUUUUUUUUUGGUUUGGUUUUGGGUGUGGGUUUCCAGAACAAUUUCUUGGAUCAAAUGUAACUUUUGUUUGAUUUUUUUAUUUACUACUUUUUUGGUUGAAGAAAAAUGUGGUCCCGAGUGUGUUGGCUAGUCUUUGUCUGCUUGUAUUAACACUUGUAUUGUGUUUGGUUCAUGGAUUUGUAUAGGAAUUUGGAAAGGAAAAGGAAAAAGUAUGUGAAAAGGUGUUUGAAAUGUAACUACAUUUCAAACACCUUUUCUCUUUCCGUUUCCAAAUCCCUACCCAAAUCCAUGAACCAAACACACUUUUAGUUCACAAUGGAGAUUUGUGGAUGUUGUGGUCCCUUAACUCAUUUGUUUAUGAAUUGUUUAACUAAAAUGGUUGAAGAAAAUUUGUUCAUGGCUUUGUGGUCUCUAAACUGUUUUCUACAGGGGAUGGUUAUUGUUUUACUGUUGAGAUUCACCAUGGGGGUGACUUUGUUUACUCUCCAAGAAAGAUGUACAUUGGUGGAAACAUUACUUUAGUUGAAAAUUGUGAUCCUGCUAAAUUUUCUCUACUUGACUUUAAUCAUGAUGUGAAGAAAUUUGGGUAUGAUGGUUUAAUUAUUUACUUCUACAGAAUCCAUGGGAUGGACUUAGAUAAUGUUUUAAGGUUGGUAGCAACUGAUGCUAAUUUGGUUGAAAUGAUUGCUCAAAUGCCUCCUAGUAGAGUCAUUAAAGUGUACUUAGAAAAUGUUCCAGUAAGUAAUUAGUCAAAUUGAAAGUGAUCAAAUAGAGGAAUUAAUUGCUGAUAAUGUUGAUGUUUCUGUAGACAAGUGCAGAUAAGAGUCAUGAUGUUCAGGUUGAAAAUGAUGGUGAUGACAGUGAGGUUGAAAAUGAUAGUGUAGAUGACAGUGAGGAUGUAGACUUCUAUGAUAGUGAUUAUGGCAUGAGUGAUGAUGAUGUAUUGUUUGAAAACAAUGUUGACAAAGGUGUUGAGUGGGUUGGGAGCGGUAGAGGGAACACUAAUAACCAAGCAGAUGAGUAUACAUAUGGGUUUUCAAGCAUUGAACUAGAGGGUGUAGAGCUUGAGCAAGAUGGUGGAUCAUCUGAUGAGCUCCAAAGCAUUUAUGACUCCAGUGAUGAGGAUAGAAGAGGUCGAAAGUAUCCAGAGUUUAAUCCUGACACUUAAUGACCAAUGUUGAAUUUAAAGUGGGCAUGUUAUUUGGUUCAGCAACAGAAUUUAGAGCUGCAGUGAGAGAGUAUGCAAUAAAGAAUGGUAAGAAUGUAAAGUUUGUCAGGAAUGAGAAAACAAGGGUGAGGGCAGUGUGUAGGGAGGGAUGUAGAUGGAUGAUAUUUGCUUUUAAUAUGCAGAACCAGAACAUUUUGCAAGUGAAGACAUAUAGGAAAGAAUAUAAUUGUGGAAGGGUGUUUCAGAACAGGCAUGUGAACUCUAGGUGGCUGUCAAAAAAGUAUGGAUAGCAUUAGGAGAAACCCUAAACUCCCCCAAUUGAAUCUUUUCAAGCACAAGUUCAGGAGGAUUAUGUGGUUGGAGCAUCUAGGAGUCGUUUAUACAAGGCCAAGAGAAAGGCUUUAACCAUCAUAUACUAACAAUGAGCAAUAUAAUCAACUUUGGGGUUACUGUAAAGAGUCAGAUCCUGACACAACCAUUAUCAUGAAGUUAACUCCUCCUGAACACCCUGAGGACCCUACUAAUCAACCUACCUUUGAGAGAUUGUACAUUUGCCUUGGAGCUUGCAAGAGGGGUUUUGUAACAGGGUGUAGGUCGCUCAUUGGUCUAGGUGGAUGCCAUUUGAAAGCUGGACAAGCUGGACAAACUGGACAGUUACUAUGUGCAGUAGGAAUUGAUGCCAAUAACCAAAUGUUCCCAGUAGCAUACGCAGUGGUGGAGGGUGAGACAAAGAGCUCUUGGUUGUGGUUCAUUCAAUUGCUCAUAGAAGACAUUGGCAUAGAGAAUCAACAUGGAUGGACAUUUAUUACAUGCAAACAAAAGGGUUUGAUUCCUGCACUGGAGGAGCUUGUGCCACAUGCUGAACACAGAAACAGAAAUCAGUUCAAAGGAAAGGCAGGCCUCGUUAGGCAAGUUAACAUUUUAGCCAAAAAGUCAAAAAGUUGCCAAAAAAGCCAAAAAGCCUAUAACCUAUACCAAAAAGUCAAAGAUUCCAUUUUCUCUCUACAUUUUGCACAUCUUUUUGUAAAAAGUCAAAAAGUCACUCCAAACAUACUAGUUUUUUUUAAACUCAUAUUUUAGCCAAAAAGCAAAAAAGUUACUAAAAUAGUCUGUUCCCAAACAAGGACAAGUUGUGGAGUGCUUCUACGUCAACCACUGUCCACAAACAUGAAGAAGGGGUGGACCAAAUCAAGGGAGUCGACAACGAGGCAUUCAAGUGGUUGGCAGAAAAACCCCCUAGGCACUGGUCCAGGUCACACUUUAGAACCUUCCCAAAGUGUGACAUACUCUUGAACAUUAUGUGUGAGUCAUUCAACAAGUUUAUUUUAGAGACCAGAGACAAGCCAAUCAUAACAAUGCUUGACAGGAUAAGGUGUUUGUUGAUGAGAAGAAUGCAAGUGAGGGACUUAAUGAGGCAACAUGAGGGUAAAUUAUGUCCAAAAAUACAAAAAAAGCUGGAGCAAUUGAAAAUUGAAUCAGGGGGUUGUUUUCCUAUGUGGUCAGGAGGGCCUAAGUUCCAAGUUAAUUGUUCAAAUGUUGAUCAGUGGGUAGUGGCCUGGAUGAACUUGCUCAUGCAGAAGGUGGGAUUUAAAGGGUAUACCUUGUGCUCAUGGUGUGCCUUCUAUCUGGAACAAGGGUGAGACACCUGAAGAUCAUGUGAAUGAAUGUUACUGGACAGAGAACAAUUUAAAGAUUUAUGAAAAUAUGAUACAACCUCUAAAUGUUCCUAAAUUGUGGUCCAAGACUGGAUUAGUACCCCCAUUUCCUCCUGUUUAUCAUAAGCCUCCAGGAAGGCCCCCAACUUGUAGAAGGAAGGGACCAGAUGAACCUGCCGAUCCUACCAAAGUCAUGGGGCCAUAACUAUAGGAGCUGCAAGAAUCUACCAAACAGGGAGUACCAACUUAAAAACAAACCAAGGUGGAAGAGCUUAUGCGAUAUAAGGAAAAAGGCUGGAUCAACAUCAUCCCAAGCAUCAGCACCAAUGGCAACCCAAACACGAACACCAAUGGCAACACCAAAUCCAGCUUUGUCCAUUCCAAUCGCAGCUUCAGCAAUUCCAAGGGCACCAAAUCCAUCUACAUCAAGGGCAAGUUCACAAGCACAAAGGGAAACUUCUGCAGCAAUGGCAACUUCAACAUUGAGUGCAACAAUAGCAGCAAGAACCAUGGCAGCAGCAAGAACCAUGGCAACAGCAACAAGGGGGGCAAGAGCAACACCAACAGAAACAAGUGCAAUAACAACAAAGGCGACAUCAUCACAAACAUCUGAAGCAUAUCAAGGGGAGCAACAUCAACACCAACACCAGCCUCAUUUACAUGGAGAAGGAGGAAUGUUGUGACCUUGUCCUCACUUCAGAAUGCAUCUGCCUCUAAGGUGAACAACCCAAAGUAAGGGUGUUGUUUAUUUUGAUUAUCAAACUCUUUUGACAAUGUGGCAUGUUUUGUCUAUGUAGUUAUGGAUACUGCCAGCAUGUUUGCAUCAUGAAUGUGGCCAUUUUGACUAGAUGGAUACCAACAAUAUAUUUUAUAAAAUGAAUUAUUACCAUUUGUGUGUU